UUUUUUCAGUGAUCGUCAAUAUGGCCGUGUGGAGAUUUAUUACACGGAUUCUACCAUUGGUACUCUUUGUUGGAGCUGUAGACAAAGGAAAUUUUAAGACAUGCGAUCAAAGCAGCUUUUGCAGAAGACUUAGGAAUAUCUCCAUCGAUAAUUCUAAAUAUGUAUUAGACCUAGAAGCUUUAAAAGUCUAUGAUAAUGUUGUUGAAGCCCAGUUAAAGAAUACCGAAGCAGAUGUUACCUUCAAAUUUUCAUUGCAAGCACUUGCCGGUGAUACCUUUAGAAUGCAAGUUGAUGAAAUCCAGCCUUUACAUCCUCGUUAUAAGGUUGAAGUAGCUUUAGAAAAAGAUCCUGAACCGAAAAAGAUUGAAUUGUUAGAUAGAAAUAAUGAACAGGUAUCAAUUAAAGCUGGUAAUAAUAAAGUUAUUUUGAAAUCAAAUCCUUUCAAAGCUGAAUUUUAUGAAAAUGACCAAAUUGCUGCGAUAGUUAAUUCUAGAGGAUUGUUUCAAAUUGAACAUCUCCGUGCAAAACCAGCAGAAGGAACUGAAGUUGAAGGUCAAGAUCCUGGCGCUUGGGAAGAAAACUUCAAAUCACACCAAGAUAGCAAACCUAGAGGUCCAGAAGCAGUUGGUGUUGACAUUACAUUCCCCGGAGCUCUUAGAGCUUAUGGUAUCCCAGAACACGCUGAUAAAUUCGCUUUAAGAACAACCGGAAAAGGUGGUUUAGAACCUUACAGAUUAUACAAUUUAGAUGUAUUCGAAUAUGAACUUGAUUCUACUAUGGCAAUUUAUGGAAGUGUUCCUGUUCUUUAUGGACAUGGUCCUGAACAUACAGUCGGAGUAUUUUGGUUAAAUUCUGCUGAAACUUGGGUAGAUAUAAAUAAUAGUAAAGAUGCAAAUGUAGUUUCUUCGUUAGUAAAUUUAAUGUCUGGUACAAAAACGGAAUCACGCGUUGAUGUUCAUUUUAUGAGUGAAAGUGGGAUAGUUGAUUUAUUUAUUUUAAUGGGUCCAACGUUUGGCGAUGCAAUCCGACAAUACGCGACCUUAACCGGCGUAGCCCCUUUACCACAAUACAACACAUUGGGUUACCAUCAAUGUCGUUGGAAUUACAACGACGAAGAAGACGUUAAAAUGGUCAUUGAAAAUAUGGAUAUUCAUGAUUUCCCGGUUGAUUACAUUUGGUUAGAUAUUGAAUACACUGAUGGCAAAAAAUAUUUUACAUGGGAUCCGAUUCGGUUUCCACAUCCAUUAGAAAUGCAAGCAAAUUUAACGAAAACCGGAAGACGUCUUAUUACGAUUAUUGAUCCCCAUAUUAAACGGGAAAGUGGGUAUUUUGUUCAUGAGGAAGCUUUAGCUAAUGGAUACUAUAUUAAAAAUAAAGAUGGAAAUGUUUAUGAGGGUUGGUGUUGGCCUGGAUCUAGUAGUUAUAUGGACGUUUUUAAUCCCGUUGUUCAAGACUAUUUUGCCGAUCUUUAUUCGUUUGAGAGAUUUAAGGGUUCAUCCGACGCUUUGUACAUUUGGAACGAUAUGAACGAACCUUCAGUUUUUAAUGGACCUGAAAUUACUAUGCCAAAAGAUUUGUUACAUUAUGGUGGAUGGGAACAUAGACAUUUACAUAACAUUCAUAGCUUAUACACGAAUUUAAUAACAUACAAUGGAUUAAUGAAACGCACCCCUAAUAAACGUCCUUUUACUUUAACUCGAGCUCAUUUUGCUGGUACGCAACGAUACGCUGCCAUUUGGACGGGUGAUAACGCCGCGGAAUGGUCUCAUUUAGUUGCUAGUAUUCCAAUGUGUCUCUCAGAAGCUGUAGCUGGAAUCAGUUUUUGUGGAGCAGAUAUAGGUGGAUUUUUCCACAAUCCCGAUCAAGAAUUAUUACUCAGAUGGUAUCAGGCUGCUGCUUGGCUUCCAUUUGUUAGAGCUCACGCUCAUAUUGAUACUAAAAGACGAGAACCUUAUUUAUAUAGUGAAGAUGUUCAAAGGCGCAUCAGAUCUGCUUUAAGGCAAAGAUAUGCGCAUAUUCCGUUAUGGUAUACUCUAUUUUGGGAACAUUCAAUUACUGGGGAUCCGGUUAUUAGACCGUUGGUUUAUCAUUAUCCUAAAGAUGUUAAUGUUGUAGAUAUUGAAAGUCAAUUAUUAAUUGGUAACUCAGUUAUGGCUCGACCAGUAACUGAAAGCCAAGCUACAAAUGUAAACAUUUAUUUUCCUGGUGGGCCUACUGAAAUAUGGUAUGAUAUUGAAGAUUAUAGAGCUUUUACUGGUCAAGGAAAUGUUAAUUUACCAGUUUCUUUAGAUAAAGUUCCUGUAUUUUAUAAAGGAGGAAGUAUUAUUCCUAGAAAAGAUCGUCCAAGAAGAGCAUCAACACUUAUGCACGAUGAUCCAUUCACUAUUUACGUAGCUUUAGAUUCAAACAAAUCUGCAACUGGAACUUUAUACGUUGAUGAUUAUGAAACUUUUGGGUAUAAAAAUAAAGAGUUUUUGUAUAUAAGAUUUGAUUAUAAAGACAAUACUCUUACAAGCACCUUUAUUAAUAAGGAUGCUAGUUAUCCUACUAAAGAAUGGAUAGAGCGUGUUGUUAUUAUUGGUGCACCGAAAACUAUUAAGCACGCAAAAUUAGUCAGCAAAGGUUUAGGUACCGUUAAAUUGGAAACAUCUUACAUAAACGACGAUAAAGCUUUAGUGAUCCGUAAACCAGCGGUUAGUUUGAGGGAAACUUUCACAAUUAGUCUUGUUUAAACUUUCUUUUAACUAUUUCGAACAUAUUUACAGAUUAGUAAGUUAUCUGUGAAUAUAAGAAGUGAAUAAAUGUGAUUUUUAAUAAAUAAAUUUCAAAAUUUUAGCAGCCAUAACUGAUUUGAUUAUGUAUUUAAACAUCAAACACUUUAAUUUCUGUUAUCUCUGUUUCCUUAAUCGAAAUAUUUUUAUUAAUAUUAUCGAUUUAAUCAGAGAUGCUACUUGCUUAUUCAAAUUUGUUAUGGCCAUUUAUUAGUACCAAUUUCUGAUGAAGCUAACCAAGAAAUUGUUGCCAUGGUUAUAGCUGUUUUAAUAGCUCUCAUCAGGUAAUACUUGGAUUUAGUUACAAACUAAAUUGUAAAUUGCAUUUAUUGUAUGUUCUUGCUAGAAUUACAAUUUUUGUUGUGA